AUGCUGCUCAGCGCCCUCUACAAUAUCUUCGACUUCGUCGCGACGAUGAUAUCAGCCAGCGGCCCGGAAGCGGGGAAUGAGUCAGGACUGUGCCGGUUCCAGGCGUUCUCGUUGCAGAUAUUUCCCGUGGCAGACGUGCUCUGGAAACUCGCUAUGACAUGGGACGUGUUCCUGGUGGUCUUCUGGCAAUAUGAGCCCGAGGCUUUGCGCAGACUGGAGAAGAGAUAUCUGGCAGCUAUCACGACAAUCACAUUUAUACCUGCUUUCGUCUUUCUCUUCGUCCGGAAUGAUACAAGGGGGCCGUUGUAUGGGAGCGUCACAGUGAGUACCGCUGCUCAGAAGGAUGCCCUAAUGGGCGAAGUAACAAGCAGCCUACCUAGAUUUGGUGCUCCGUAUCUCCAGAAUGGGUGCUCUACCAGAUCAUACUCUAUUACGCACCGAUAUGGUACAAUGCCGCACGACAGGAAAAGACAAUGGGCUAAUAUCCUGCCCAGGUUGCUAAUAGCGAUGAUAUUUGCGCUCUACAUCAUCAUCGUCCGCGAGCUCUUCAGACUCAGGCACGAGUGGCUGUUAACUCGAGACGACUGCCUCGUCUUAUCCUCAGCAGCCCUACCAAGCAACGACAGCAUCAUCGGUGCAAUCCUAAAUAACACAAAAACGCCUGACGGUAUAAACUCCACUAUCUGUCUAGUUCCGCCUUAUGUAGCUAACAAGCGUCCAGCCCCACUAAUCCGCCAGCACUCCGCGGUCUCCCUACGCAAGUUCCUCCCCAUGCCGAUCCUCUUCUUCGUUGCGCUCCUGGCGACAUGGGUCACGCCGACCAUCGACCGCAUCUACGCGUUCCGGCAUCCGGGGCAGGAGCCGUACGGCCUUAUGCUUGCUGUUGCCGGACUGGGGUCGUUACGGGGCUUUUGGAAUGGGGUUAUAUUUUUGACGAUGCAGUCGAAGAGCAGGAGAUGA